CGCGGAGCAGAAAGAGCCCUCUCAUUAUAGACCUUUCCACAAUCAGGUCACGAGCUCCUGUAUUCCCACAAACUCAUCCCUUUGAAUACUUUACACUCAUAAUAUACCCCUCGAUGACCCAGUCACGGACGCGCAAGUGCUGGAGCUGUAAGCAACGCCGCCUCAAGUGCGACGGAGGGAUGCCCCACUGCCUGAAAUGUUGGAGCCACGGCGUUGAGUGCCUCGGUUACGAGAAACCCCUGGUCUGGGUUGAGGGAGUGGCUCGGCGAGGGCCUAUGAAAAACCGGACUUUUGGAGGUGCCCAGACUCAGCAGCCGUCGCAAAAAAAUUCGUUACAAAGACCAACACCAGUUGUCUCUCACAGACACCGACACCAGAAGGAGGAGUUGACAAGACUGUCCGGAUGUAUUCCGAUGCCAGUGGCUCUUGUUGAGCCUCUAUUCAAGGAUUUCAGUUAUACAUCUAAAUUCUUUAUUGACUAUUUCUCAAAAUCCAUUUGCCCAACUCUGGUCCUGCAAGAUCAGUUAGACAACCCAUAUCGUAACGUCAUUCCCUGGAUCAACACGCCAACAGUAGCAAGUGCUAUAAUGACAGUAUCAUCCUGUCACUACAUUCAGUAUAUUACCAACUGCCCAAUGGCGGAAUUGCUGCCACAAACCCGAAAUGGAACAGUUUUAGGCAGGCUAAACGCACAUAUCAGAUCAUUAGUAAACUACCAUUUACGGUCCAAAAGCCAUUGCCUGGGGUUGGUCUCUACAGCAUUGGCAAUACAUAAAACCACUCAGGAUCAACAGUCGCUGCUCAUAACCGUGGUCCUCCUUGCUUUCCUAGACAUUUUUGAGAGUGGGUCUGGCGCUUGGAGCUAUCAUAUUGAGGGUAUCAAGAAGAUGCUUGAAGUUGGAGCCAUGAAGGGUACUUCUUCUUGGGAUAAUAACCUUCAAAGUCUCCUGCACGACGCUGCCAUGCUUCAAACAUUUGGUUCGUCUCUUGCAAAGCCUGGUGUUCUGACCAGUGCCUCUACACUAUCUUCAAUAAGGGCUUCAGCUUUCUCCACUGUCACGCCAAACGGAUGCCCUGUCCAAAUUCUAUCGACUAUUGAGAUCUUUGCUUCGCAGAGACGGCAUGACUUUGUUUUCGCUGAAAAUACCACCAACAUCGUCGUCCUUGAAGAUGCACUGCAAAAGAUGCGUUCAUAUGAUAUCGUGUCGUGGGCGGUGCAUAACACUACAGAAUACUCGAAAGUAUCGUCAGAAGAUUUGGCACGACUUGGUACUAUUUGGCAGCUCUCAGCUGACAUCUACGCCUGCCGUGUUCUUGCCUACCUCAUCGGGUCUACUCUGGCCUCUGAGUCAUUACAGGUUCAAGGUCUCAUCGCAGCGUACGCAUUUCUCGAACGAGAGGACGAUGAAUUGAUUAAGUGUCUUAUAUGGCCAACCUUCGUUGCCGGAGCAGCAAGUACAACAUAUGAAGCUAGAGCUUGGGUGCUUCAAACCUUGGAUCGGAUCUGGAGCAGAGGGCAUUGUGCCAACACCAAGAAUGCUGCAAAGGUUUUGGGAAAGCUGUGGGAGAAAUACGACCAAACGAAUCUCAGUUCUUCGCAUAUACACAACUGUUCUAACGCGACUGAGCAUCUGUCCAUGGGUUAUUCUGUCUGGGAUUGGGUAAAUGAGCUAUCAAGCCUGGAAGGCUCUUGGCUUUUUAUAUAAAGAUAUAAUGACAGAAGUCAUACUCGAAUGCUCUUGAAAUGAAAGCUAUAGUGGAAUGC